UUGUUGCCGGAAAUGACGUCGUGGGCGGUGCUUACUGAUUUUGGUGUGGUGUAGUUCGGAUGUCAGGUGCGAAGUAAACAAACAGCUUUCUCAAGUACCGGUUUAGUUGAUUUUCUGUCGAUUUUUACUGUAUGCAGUAACGGAAUAGCCUGGUGAAAACAAGCUUUAGGCGAUCACGAAUCACCGUUGUACUCUCUGGAAGGAAGUUUUGGGUCCCUCGCUUUGGUGGAAGACAAACUUCGACAGUAAUAGUGUCAUUUGAACGACAUGGCGGAGGAUCACAGAGUAACACCACCUUGCAUAGAUCAUCUGCCACUUUCUCUGCAGCAGCAGGCAAGCACCAGCAAAAAGUACCGCAGCUCUGGCCAUACACAGCAUCUGUUGGAGGGCUUGGUGGCUCUUCGGGACAGUCGUAUCCUCUUCGAUGUGCAGCUGGUAGUGGAGGAAAAGAUGAUAGAGGCACAUCGCAUUGUUUUAGCUGCAUCAUGUGAUUACUUCAGGGGGAUGUUCACUGGAGGAUUGCGAGAGAUGCAGCAGGGUGUUGUACAGAUUCGUGGCAUUGCAUAUGUUGCCAUGUGCAACAUUUUGGAUUUCAUCUACACAUCUGAGAUCGAGCUUAGCUUGGACAAUGUGCAGGAAACACUGCUGUGCGCCUCCAUAUUGCAGUUUCCAGAAAUUAUUCAGUUCUGCUGUGACUUCCUGACAUCAUGGUUGGAUGAAGAAAAUGUUCUUGAGAUGUAUAAACUUGCAGAUGUCCUUUGUCUUCCCCAACUGCAGGAGCAGGUAGACUUCUACAUCCUUAAAAAUUUCUCCGUAUUCUCAAAAUCAGAAGCCUACCGUAAGCUGCCUCUGGAGAAAGUCUGUUCCUUGCUGAGUAGCAACCAUUUGGAAGUGAACUCAGAGACAGAGGUGUAUGAGGCAGCCUUACAUUACUAUUAUACACCAGAGCAGAUUGAAAUGGAUGAGGUUUCAUUGCAUGAACCCUUGAAAUUAUUGGAGUUGGUUCGAUUUCCCUUAAUGGAGCACCAUGUCCUUCAGAGACUUCAUGACCGACUGAGUCCCUGUCCAUUGAGAGAGCUUGUAGCAUCCGCACUGAAUUAUCAUGAUCAGGAGAUCAGCCAGCCAGUACUGCAGAGUCCUUUGACUGAGUUAAGGUCAAAAUAUCAUUGUGUAGUAAGUUUUGGUGGGAUGUACAGCCCAUCGUCUCAAAGUAUAAGCAGUCAGGCCAGGUAUUUACAUCCUAUCUUGAAUGAAUGGCGCCCUCUAACUGUAUCUCAGGACUCUAGAAUGUCGAACCAGGGAGUUGCGGUCCUCAACAACUUUGUCUAUUUGAUUGGUGGUGACUGCAACAGUGGAGGGUUUCAAGCGGAAUGUAGAUGUUGGAGGUAUGACCCUCGGCAUAACCAGUGGUUCCAGAUCAAGCCUCUACAACAUCGACACGCUGAUCACUGCGUCUGUGUACUUAAUGAGUGCCUGUAUGCCAUUGCGGGCAGAGACUACACUGAGGAGCUGACAGUUGUCGAGAAAUACAACCCAGCAUCAGAUUCCUGGGAAAUGGUGACUCCACUGAAGAAAACAGUUUUUGCCCAUGCUGGAGCAGUGGUAGAUGGGAAAAUAUACAUCAGCUGUGGUCGACGUAAUGAAGAUUAUCUGAAGGAGUUGCAUUGCUAUGACCCACUCACUGACUGCUGGGAGAAUAAAGCAGAUAGCCUUGUGGAGCGGGCUUGGCACUGUAUGGCCACAGUGAACAGCAACCUGUACGUUAUCGGUGGUAGUAACAACAGUGCUGGAUACAGAAGGGAUGUGCUACAGGUGACAUGUUACAACACUUUAACCGAUCAGUGGACAUCUGUAAGUCCUCUGCCUAGUGGACAUGGGGAACCUGGAAUAGCAGUUCUUCAAAACAAAAUUUAUGUCUUGGGAGGAAGAUCACACAAUCGUGCGACAAGAAUGGAUUAUGUCCAUAUUUAUGAUGCUGAAAUGGACCAAUGGAAUAUUGGCCCUCGUUUGGAUGAGGAGGUGUCUGGGUUAGCUGCAUGUGUUCUGACUCUCCCCCGAGCACUGAUUGUAGAUGCAGCAAAUUGGACAACAAAACGCCAGCCUGUUUAUCGACGACAGCCCAAUCUGGACUAUGAUGAUGAUUCUAGUACAUCAGAUUGGGAUGACUUGGCAUUUGAACACUAGACAAUGUGAUAAUGUGAGACUGCAGCCUUUAUUAUUUCAGGUCUGUUUGUAAAGUGCAGUCAUUAUUUUGCACUUUCCUUUGUCUUUCAGAUGCCUUUACAUUUGACAACAAAUGAAGCAAUAUCUCAGAUUUUUUUUCUUCUUAUUUUAAUGUAACAUGCAGUCAUUCCUCCAGAAUGAGCAGUUGUGGGGCUUUUUAACCUGUUUUGUCAGUAAUUUUGGAUUUCAAAAUUGCAGGAAAGAAUGCUGUGCAGUUACACUCGCAGUGCCCCUUCCCACACACCAAGACAUUUUGUUUCUGCCUGACGAAGGCAGUCAUCAUGAGCAGUUAUAGCCGGACUGUGGUUAGUUCUAUUUUAUAAUGUUGAAAAUAUCACAUUUUGCUAGGGUUACAUAUAGUUACGUUUUGUAAAUUUCAUUUUUCUAGGGUUUCUGAGGUUGGGAAUCUGAAAGAGUUUUAUUUGCACAAUCCCUACUUUAAAGAUACAUUGUCCAGGGUUUUUAGAAAUAAAGUAACAAUCACUACGUUAAAGAUACAUUGUCCAGGGCUUUUAGAAAUAAAAUAAUACAAGUUGCAUCUUUGUUUUUUCUGUAGGCAUUUUCUCACAUUUUGUAGAGAUAGUGCUAGUAUUUUCCCUGGUUGUGUAUUACAGGUAUUUCAGACAGUUACUCAGAUGCAGUCUUUACUUGUAUUCCAUUUUAUCUUGGAGUAUGUAUUUUGGUCUAAUUUGCUUUGAAUCAUUAAAGGUUCAACAAGUGGGACAGACCCCAAAAGACAGAUAACUCCUACAGGGUCAUAGGUUAAUAUGUUAAAAAUAUGCCUUUUCAGAUUGUCAUCUCUCAGACAGUUUGUCAAGUCAUAUGAGGAUUUCCUUAGUCUAAGAUGUCAUAUGAGAAUGUUCUUAGUCUAAGAUGUCGUAUGAGGAUUCCCUUAGUCUAAGAUGUAAUGGUCUCAUAGUGAGCUCUUGACAGCUUUUUCACUGAGUGGCAGUAGAUCGAAAAAAAUGUCCGAAACAACUUUUGCUAAACCAGGGAGGUAAUGUUUUUUCCUUAUGCGAACACUUCCAAGCAAAAAUCCUAAAUCUUGUAGACUUUUUUGUACAUCUGAGAGCCAUGCAUAUGUCUUUCCAUUGUUGCCUUAUAAAUUGCUUUUCCAGUCUCUCCUCCCAAUCUUUACUGACCUCUGACUGAUUCCUGUUGUUAUCUUGCAGUAUUUUAUACGUCCUACUAAUUUUCCCUUAACAGCACAUUCCAUUCUGUAUUUCACUAAAAAUUCUACCAGAGUAGGUCUUUCACUUAGGAUUCCACUAUCCCUACACUCUGAUAUCAGUCCCUGGUAGGGAAGGCAGUCUGUAGCUUGCAGACCAAAUAUCUUCUUGGCCUCUUCCCAUUCUAUUACCUUUCAGUUGCUAGUUAUUUGCUCCCAAUACUUUGGCUCCUUUGCCAGUUUUCUUCAGCCGAUUCCAACCCUCUCUUGCUUAUUCUGUGUACCUCUGAUUGCAUUCAUCCCCAUCAGCAGAAUCUCAUUUCUUCAUUCUUGUGUUGCUUUUGUUCUUAGAAUACUUUCUGCUAUUUUACGAAUAUAAUAUUCCAUAUGGCUGUUAUCCUUAAGGAUCUGUAUCCAAAAUUCCACACACUCCUUAUUUCUUGAAAUACACCCCCCAUUUCAUCAUCGCCCCUUUCCACUUUGAAUUAUAGCUUUCUUCUUGUGUUAUUUAUAAGAGCCUUAAUUACAUAGCUUUAAAAUGUCCCUUCAAAUCAGGUAAUCCUAAACCACCUUGCCUGAUUGGAAGGAUAAACUUAUCCCACUUGAUCCUUGUCCUCUUUCCCUCCCAGAUAAAUUCCUUCAACUCUUUAUUUAUUUUUGUCUACACUUUUACUCUGGUUUAUAAAAAUAUGCCUGGCCUGUAUAUAAAACUACAAGGACUGAAUUCAUUUUCACUGUUUGUACCUUGUUAUCUAUAUCCAUAAACAUGAGCUUGCAGUUUCUCAGUGUUUGUGUUAUCUUUUUGUUUAGCCUCUUCCCACAUAUCCUUGCCUGCCAUAACAGAGAAGCCCUUUUAAUCCAUACUCCCGAGUACUUAAUUUUAUCAUGUCUCCAUAACUAUGGGUAUUUCUGAACCAGUU